AUGCGUCUUAAACGAGGGCAGCACACGAUGCAAAUCCGCCAAAGCUCGCGACUCAACCCUGCGCCACUCACUAUGGCUUCCCCCUAUUCUGCGGAGAACAAGGCUCAUUCGGUCCAGAUGGAAGUGCAGGUCACCAUCGACGGGGUGGAUUAUCUUCUUAUCCCCAACGGCAAUAACUUCCUUUCCUUGGAGGACGACGGUGGUGUGACACCUGCAUUGGUGUAUGUGACGAACCCCGGACAAAGGAUCUCUUCCAGCAUUCUGGAAGAGUUUAAGGAAACCGUCCUCGACAAGGACGACGUGUUCCAGCCUGAAUUCUUCCGCAAUGUGCUGUUCUACGGCCAUCCUAAGGCCGAUCUGGAAGUAGAUCCGGAUAUCCAGAGCCAGCUGAAGUCGCAAUGGGGGACUAUCUGGCAUGAUUUUGUCGAGGGAGAUUUUGAUGCCGAUGUCCGGCCCGGACCUUAUGUUUUUACGCAAGGAACAACCUGGCAGCCAUGGAGAAUAUACCUGACACUGGAUACGCCACAAGCCGGACUCGGCGGACGAGUUGUCGUGCCGUCACGAUGUUACUUUAAACCUUCGCCCGAACGGCCGCUGGAUGGAGCCCGAAUUAGUGUCAAAGACAACAUCGAUAUCGCCGGACACAAAACCACUCUCUGCAAUCGGGCAUGGCAGGAGCUGUAUCCCGCUCGGUCCGAACACGCCGCUUGUGUGCAGACCAUGAUCGAUGCUGGGGCCGUCAUUGUGGGGAAGGUCAAGCUACAAGCCAUGAUCAUGAGAGAAGAACCUCUGGAGGCGGUUGAGUUCACGGCCCCGUUUAACCCCCGUGGCGAUGGAUACCAGGUUCCGUCGGGGAGCAGUCACGGAAGUGCGGUCAGCAUUGGUGCCUACGAUUGGCUGGACUUUUCCUUCGGAUCGGAUACUAAUGGCAGCGGCCGCAAGCCGGCGCAAUAUAACGGCUGCUUUUCUAUCCGCCCAUCCACAGGGAUUAUGGAUACCUCCGGCGUUGUGGGACAGUUCCCCCUCUUCGACAUGCCGGUCUUCUUUGGCCGUGAUCUUGGAAGAUUCUCCGAGUUCAUCUCCACGUGGUACGGGAAAUCACCGGACCUCCGCCAAUUCUCUCUGCGCAUUCUUUAUCCCCAGGACUACCUUCCAACCACAAACCCUGCACAGACCAGACUCAUCGACAAGUUUGUCAAGGGCUUAGAAAAGGCGUAUCGGGUGAAGAAGGAAAGCAUUUCCCUGGCGGAAUUGUGGAAGGAGGAACAUCCAGCCGGGGAAGCUAAUACAGAUCUUGCAGAGUAUCUGCGAUUGACGGGUGGAUACCCCUAUUAUUAUGAUUCGUACAAAGAUCUAGAACAGUUCCGAGUCGAGUACGAAAAAAAGUACAACAAACCGCCGUUCAUCCACCGGGCCAUGCAGUGGCAGUGGGACGUCUCGCGGAAGAUCUCUCUGAGCGAGCGAGACAUGUACUGGGACCGUUCGGAGAAAUAUCGAGAAUGGCUUCUUUCAAGUGUCUUCAAUGCCAAGGACCACAACGAAGUCACCGUCAUGAUCUUCCCCAUUGAGGCCGGAAGACCUAACUACCGAGAUUCAGAGUUACCGUUUGUCCUCCCCCAUAUUGCCCCCGGAGUCCCUAUUGAUAUUAACAUCCCGGGUAGUCCUAUGGGUAUCCUCAGCGGUUAUGCAUCGCUGAAUAUGUCGCCGAUGAUGCGGGCCCCUGAAUUGACCGCUAUAGUGGGCGAGUCGAAUUAUGUAUCGAAUGUGACCAAACGCGAAGAGCCGUUUCCCAUUGCUGUAUCUGUGAUCGGAGCACCUGGAACCGACUUGAUCCUUGCAGAUAUCGUUCGGAAGGGAAUGGAGGCUGCGGAAAUCCCGACUACGGUGAAAACUGGGCGUUUCGUACACGAUUGA